UCCAGGCAGUACCUCAGAUUUGUCAACCACUGCUGCACCAGAACUAAAAUUUAAGUGUGUUGUUGGUGUCCUGUUUCGAUGUUGGCAAGGACUGACACCUUAAAAUAUUUACCUCGGAGGCAUUGCCACAUCAGGCUUUAGCUGUGUUUUCAUGAAAAUAAUGUCAAACUGGAUUCUUCUCUGUGGGUUUAGAGGGAUUGCACUUGUACUCAACUAGGUCAGACACAAAUAUUACAUUUUUUUUUUUACUAUCCCACAGUCACUGGAUAAAUUUAGUUAGCAGUUACUCUGCAGAUUCAGAUUAAUUUUACAAUUUAAAACCAACAAAUAACCUAUAAUAAUUUAAGAUGAGGCUUUAUUAUAAUACUCCCCUCCAAAUCAGUUAACACGAAUUAGCAAGACAAAGAAAUCUACAUAAAUAACAAAAUGGAUGAAAAUUAGAAAAUGAAUCUUUAAAAAAAUACAAUUUAUAAGCUAUUCUCAAGCAAGUACAACCAUUUUCAGUCUGCUAAUAUUUAUUUAACUAUAAAAUCCUCAACAACAAAAUUGUUUUUUCACCUCUUUUUAAAGACUGUAUGCUAUUUUAAUUGAGCAAUUUACCAUAAUAUAUAGUAAUAGUAACAAUAUACCAAUAAGCAAUAUAGUAUAUAAAAUAUAGCAUAUGUUAUUCAUGUAAUGGCUUAAUACGUGUCUGGUUUUAUAGAUCUAUUGUGACUGUGGCGCACUUUUGCAUGUUAAUAUACGCUAUCCCAAAAGUAGGAUAUUCAGAGUCUCAACUGUAUAUCAUUACACUGAGGUAUUAUUAACCAUACUCCAGCGACAUCUAGUGGUGAAAAACUGGAAUUAUAUUAGGGAUUUCUGCUGCCUUCACUUCCUUCUUGAACCAAACAUUGAGGUGUGAAAUUUGAAAGAGUGACAACACUUAACUUUAUUAUAUUUUCUCCAAGUUUUCAGCACAUUUAUUUGAUGUGUGCUAGUUAUUCUUUUAUUGUGUGUUUACAUUAUAUGUAUUCCGCGUUUGUGCUUAUUAUGUUGACUAUUACGACAGCACUUGAAAGCACCGCUCAUGCUGGCACAGGCUCUCAUCAACAGUACUGUUUCAUUCCGCUGAGGACCGGACUAGUGCACAGUUAUGUUUGCGGACAAUUUAAAAGUUGAACGUGGAGGUUAACCGAGAAACUUUACGUUAGGCUAUUUCAGUAAUUACAGUACUUUUUUGUCUCUGGACAGCUACUAGCAUUGAGAGGUUGGAUGGUCCUGGUCACUAUAACUAGCGCAAAUUCUCAUUGCGCUUAUUCGUGAGUUACUUUGCGAAUUGAAGCUGUUUCACGAAGUUAGAGGAAGAAUGGCGGUGACCGUGACAAAGACAGUUCAUCUCAUUACAGGAUUGGUCAUUGUCUUCCAGUUUCAAAUAAGCUUCAUGAAACUAAAACCUGCCAGUGGUAAGUCAUAAAAAAUAUGUUGAAUACGCAAAUAACGUGCGUUGUUUGUUGGCAAACGUUAGAAACUAUAGGUCAGUUUGCGCUACACUAUAUAAAGUGUAACAAUAUAAACUGUCUAAAAAAAUAUUUGUGCCUAUUGUUUUUAUUUAUUCGCGUUAAGUUCUUAGAUAUAAUUUAAUUACCAUCCAUUUAAGGCAGUACACUAACUAGCUAACUAACCGUAACUUAGGUAAUAUGCGUCAUUUUAUGUCAUUCGCGCGGGGAUUCCGUAAAAUUUUAGUAAUUUUCGUCAUAUUUCAUAUCUACAUUUUACCAUCAUUAUAUUUACUUGUAGUCUGUGUUUGUUAUACCUCCAACCAGCAGGUGGAGAAUUGUUAUUUUGAGGGCGCUGAGGGAAACUAAUUGAAGGUGUAGUCAGGUUCAGGUGUGUUGCUGCUGCUUUGAGAGGAAGUGUUUGUGGUUUUCUAUUCUCAGUGCAACAUCUUAAAUCAGAAGGCAACAUGGGACUAUUAUGCAAACACAACUGGAGUCUGCCGUACCAACAUGCAGGGGCUGCCUUCUCCAGAAGGAAGGCUGCAUGUAAACGUUGGGAGUCACAAGCCCAGGGAGAGGAGAUCGGUGUCCAGGCCCAGGUCUGGGGCCCCUAGGUGGGUUGCAGAUAAGAGGGGCCACUACAGAGACCAGCACCAACCAGAGGAGUUGGAUCCAGACCUGCUGAUGGAGGAGCAACACGACAACUCUACACAGAUUGUGGACAUUGAUCACGCCUACUACACAUCUAAAAUCUACGGUACUGGAGACACAGCCAGUAAAGAGCUGUGGGUGAACACUGACACGAUGGAGGAGGAUGAGUGGAAGGUCUGUGGCUUCCUGUCCAGCGCCCACAGACAGGCUGAGAGAGUGAAUCUUUCCUUUGACUUUCCUUUCUACGGACAUACACUAAAAGAAAUCACAGUGGCAACUGGAGGUUUCAUUUACACUGGGGAUAUAAUCCACCGGAUGCUCACAGCUACUCAGUACAUCGCCCCUCUGAUGGCUAACUUUGACCCAAGCCUUUCCAAAAACUCGACUGUGUUUUACUGUGAUAAUGGAACUGCACUAGUGGUUCAGUGGAACCAGAUUCACCUCCAGGACGUCUCUGUGGGAGCGUUCACCUUCCAGACUGUUCUGCACAGCAAUGGACGGAUUGUCUUUGCAUACAAAGAGAUUCCCGUUGACAUCAGUGAAAUCAGUACUGAGAAUCAUCCUGUCAAAGUGGGCUUAUCGGAUGCUUUUGUUGUGCUUCAUGAGAUCGAGCAGAUCCCAAAUGUUCGCCGGAGAACUAUUUAUGAGUAUCACAAAGUCGACAUCCUGAAGUCCAAAAUCUCCAACUCUACAGCUGUGGAGAUGCUACCUCUGCCUACAUGUCUCCAGUUCUCCAGCUGUGGUCCAUGUGUCACUUCUCAGAUUGGCUUUAACUGCAGCUGGUGCAGUCGGCUACAAAGGUGCUCAAGUGGCUUUGAUCGGAAUCGGCAAGACUGGGUUGACCUCGGCUGCCCGGAGGAGAGACGGGAUCCCAGGUGUCUCCGGAUAACAGAGGUCUCAAACACCACAUCUCCCCACCUGACGCAUACGACCACUCCUGUCACAGCUACCACAGCACAGCAGAGGACCUCCAGCAUGACCUCCACCUCCCUCAGCAGGAUGUCCACAGUCACUAACCCCUCAACCCACAGCAGCACAAGCAGAAAAAUAACGUCCACUCCACAGCCUCCUACCAGCAAACCUGCAGAAGAUGACACAAAGAUCUCCUUGCAUAUCAAUGAAACACCACGAGACAAGGAGAACACAGACACAGGAGAGAGUAAUGAGCGGCUGCAGAUCGGUCUCCUGGCGGGCGUCAUCGUGGUGAUGGUCAUCAUGGCAGCAGCUGUCCUCCUGUCUGUUUACAUGUACAACCACCCCACUUCCAGUGCAAGCCUCUUCUUCAUGGAGCGGCGGCCGACCCACUGGCCAAUCAUGAAAUUCAGACGGAGGUCUGGUCGCCCUUCGUACGCCGAGGUGGAGGCUGCCGGUCAGGACAAAGACGGCACGUUGGUCAUUGACCCCAAACAGUCUUUUGUCAUGUCAGACCGACGAGAGAGCGAACAGAAAGAGGGAUUCAUAGUUCCUGAUCAGAGGGAGCGCUUCCUAGUCUCUGAGAGCUCCUGACCAAAACUACAUAUCCCAGAAGGCUUUGGGGGGGAUGGAGCUGGUUCUCUAUGUGAGUUUGCAUUCCUUCUUUGAAUGCUGUUAACAUUUUUCAAUUUAGCUGCUGCUCAAGUUUACUUCAAGGACAGAAUUUGAGCAUUCAGAGAGGAAAAUGUCAAAACUCUGAGGAACUUCUGUCUACAGAUUAUUUAAUGUAACAGUUUGGUGAACCACAGAACUGUUUUCACACAUAAAGGAAGAAAGUACUCGGAUAAAAACUUGUUUUUACCUUGCUCAGGUCAUUCACUCGUGUUUACUGCAGCAUCACCUCUCGCUCUGUGCGACACUCUGAGAUCUUUUCUGUCAAAGGCGGACGAU